AGCAGCUGGUCUCUGCUAAGCAGAUGUAAUUAGAGAUUUAGUGUCUGCCUCUCUCUCUCUUUCUCUCUCUCUCUCACACUCUCUCGUCUGGCCCUCUCUGCUCUGUACGUUCAGUCUAUUCCAAGAUUCAGUUCUGCUGAAUGUGUGCUUCUCUACACUAGAGCAGAUCUUCUGGAUGGUAGCCUAUGGGAACAGCGUGUAGUGAAGUGCGCUUCUCAGUCACCGGGUCUGCGUAUAUAUCAGCGUCUGAGCCUUUCUGCUUACAAAGGAUCUUCUGAGCUCCUUCCAGUGGAUGUUGCUGAUGUUCACAGGAUAACGUACCACCAAGAGAGGAUCAUGGGACUGAGAAACAGAUCAGUACUGUGAGGUUGUUUCCAGCUAUGUAACGUCUUCAGGCAGAACAUGGAGAUAGACCAGUGUUUGCUGGAGUCUCUGCCGCUGGGUCAGAGGCAGAGGCUGGUGCGGCGCAUGAGGUGUGAUCAGCUGAGGGCGUACUACGAGCGCGAGCGCACUCUGCAGAAACAGAGCGGCCACAAACCACGCAGCCAUCGCAAAAAACACGCCAUCAGCUUCCCGCUCUCAGACAUCCUCCAGGACGCCGUCAUACGACAUGACGACAAAGAAGUGCUAAGGCUGCUGAAGGAGGAGGCUGACCCGAACACACUGCUCUCCUCUGGAGGGUCCCUGCUCCAUCUGUGCGCUCGCCACGACAACGUGUUUGCUGCGGAGGUUCUGAUAGAACGAGGCGUGAACGUCAAUCUGCAGGAUGAAGACCUUUGGACCGCCCUGCAUGUGGCCUGUGCCUGCGACCACGCUGAUACCGUCCUGCUGCUGCUUCUGGCCGGGGUCAACGUGCUUCUGCAGGACGUCAACGGGAACAUACCUCUGGACUACGCCACUGAGGGUACCGAGAGCAGCUACAUCCUCAUCAAGCACCUGGAGGAGAACGGUGUAGAUGUGAGCUCCAUGCACCAGAUGAAGACUCAGAGAGCCUCAGUCAUGCUGUCAGAUGUGAAACAGCUGGUCAGCAGUGGAGCCAGCGUCAACCAACGCAACGAGGAUGGAGUCACACUGCUACACAUGGCGUGUGCUAGUGGUUACAGGGAGGUGGUGUCUCUGUUAUUGGAGAAUGGAGCAGAUGUUCAGUGUGCAGAUAACACCUACUGGACCCCUCUUCACCUGGCUGCCAAAUAUGGACAGACUCGGAUAGUGAACCAGCUGUUGAAGCAUAAAGCCGACCCUACUCUCCUCAACUGCAACCAAGACAAACCCUCAGACAUCGCUGCUUCUGACCUCAUAGCCGACAUGCUUCUCAAGGCAGAGGGAUUCUGGGUCCAGAAACAGAAGGAGCCCACAGCCCAGCCUCCCCACCUGGACGAACACUGUGAAGAUCUCAACCAAGACAUCAGCAUGCCUGUUAAAAAACUGAGCCCCAUGGCACUGCCUAUCUCUAAGAGGGACAGUCUGUUGGAGAAGGACGUGAUGUUUCGGGACUCUGGAGGAGGGCUGACGCGACAGUCAUCCCAGGACAAUUUGCUAGACGGCUCCUUCCCCAGCACUACAAACAAGCUGGAGCAGGUGAAGCUUAUGCCCCCGGCGCCUAACGAUGACCUGGCGUCUCUGAGUGAGCUGACGGACAGCAGCCUUCUGUAUGAGAUGCAGAAACGUUUUGGCAACGACCAGAUCUAUACUUACAUUGGACACAUUCUACUUCUCAUAAACCCCAACAAAGACCUGCCUAUCUACUCCAACCUUGUCAGUCAGUUGUACCUGAGCUCCAGCGGGCGGCUCUGCUCCUCUCUCCCUCCUCACAUCUUCUCCUCGGCCGAGCGAGCCUAUCACAUGAUGCUGCAGGAGCGACGCCCACAGUGUUUCAUCAUCAGUGGAGAGAGUGGCUCUGGAAAGUCUGAGGCCUGUAAGCAUAUCCUGAAGCACCUGGCUGCACGUUCCUGCCCCAAAGACUUCGCCCUGGAGCCACGCAUGAAACACGUGAAUGCAAUCCUAGAGGCUUUUGGUCAUGCUAAGACACCGAUGAACAGUAACGCAAGCCGGUUUAUGAAGCUCCUCUCUCUGCAGUACUGUGAGAAAAGAAGGACUCUGCUCAGAGCCCGUGUGUACACCUACAUGCUGGAAAAGAGCCGUCUCGUCAACAUGCCCCAGAAUCAGCAGAAUUUCAACAUCUUCUACCUGAUGGCUGAGGGCCUCUCAGCUGAGGAGAAGAGCAACCUGUACCUCAACAAUGUGCUAGCCCACAGGUACCUAAACUCAGGGGCACCUGGUGAAGCAUCUGCGGUGGGCACCGCCUGCACUCAGAGCAGAGAGAAGAUUUCAUCCCUAAAACAAGCUCUGCGUGCACUCAGCUUCAACAAACUGGAGGUGGAGAACGUGUUUGUGGUGCUGGCUGCACUGUUACACCUGGGGGAUCUGCGCUUCACGGCCCUGACCGACGCUGAGGCCGCGCUCGUCUCUGACCUGCAGCUGCUGGACAGAGUGGCAGGCAUGCUGCAGCUGAGCCCGGAGGACCUGAGCUCUGCUCUCACUUCUGAUGUGCAGUAUUUCAAAGGUGAUGUCAUCACACGGCGCCACACGGUGGAGAUGUCCAACCAUCACAGAGACCUCCUGGCCAAAGCUCUGUAUGGAAGACUCUUCAGCUUUCUAGUAAACAACAUCAACUUUUAUCUCCAAGGACAAGACGAGAGCAUUGGGGACCCCGCAUUUGAGAUUGGCAUCCUAGACGUCUUUGGGUUUGAGAAAUUCCAGAAGAAUAGCUUUGAGCAGUUGUGCGUAAACAUGUUAAAUGAGCGGAUUCAGCAGUACACCGCAGAGGUGCUGUUCCAGCAAGAACAGCAGGAGUGUCUGCAGGAAGGCAUCGCAAUGGAGACGCUACGAUCCCCCGCCAACCAGCCUGCAGUACUGGACUUCUUCUACCAGAAGCCUCAGGGCAUGCUGUGUGUGCUGGAUGAUGAGAGUCAGUCUCUGAGGCCAUCUGAACACAACCUGUAUAAGAGACUCCAGGCUCAGUUGGACUCCAGCGCUUCUGACGCAAUCUCACUAACCUCCAAGGACGGCAACGGCAACCCCCCGCCCAAAGACCAGGGACCCUCCUUCACCGUCACACACUACGCCGGAAAGAUGAGCUAUGAUCUGACAGGAUCGCUGGAGAGGAACAGAGACGCUCUGCCCCAAAACAUCCUGUUUGUCCUCAAAUCCAGUGAGAACGUGCUCAUCCAUCAAAUGUUCCAGUGUAAGCUGACUCAGACCGGCUCACUGGUUCCUCCCCUCCAGCGGCUGCAGCAGCGUGGGCCCAAAGGUGCUCUGCUCCUGCAGAGGAUGAGCUCACCCAGCCCGGCCAGAGACAGCAAGAAGUACCUGGAGCUCAGCAAGCUUCUGAAGAAGAAAGGAGCCACUUCGUUCCUGCAGAAGCUGGAGCGCUGUGGGCCAGUGAGCGUGGCGGUUCAGCUGCGGAACUCUCUAUCAGAGAUCAACAGUAAGCUCCAGGCCUGCACUCCUCAUUUUGUGCAGUGUGUGAGGCCCAACGCUUCAGGCCAAGCUGAGACCUUCGACAGUUUCCUGGUGUCCACUCAGCUGCAGUACGUGGGGGUGCUGGAGAUGGUUCACAUGAUCCGAUAUGGCUACCCGGUGCGCCUGCCCUUCUCUGGCUUCCUCAGCAGAUACAGAGAGCUGGUUGAGACCAUUCUGACUGACAAGAAGAAGAUGCUGGCGGAGGAGAAGUGUCGCCAUGUUCUCCAGCACUGUAAACUUCAGGGAUGGCAGUUGGGCACCAGCAAAGUGUUUCUGAGGUACUGGCAGGCUGAUCACCUGAAUGAUCGCUGCCAUCAACUCCAGAAGAAGAUUGUUACCUGUCAGAAAGUGGUGCGAGGCUGGCUGGUGAGGCAGCGUGUGCAUCGCAGGCUGAGUUAUCAGCAGAGAGAGCAGUGCAAUGUGCAGCGCUUCCUGCAGGGGGCGGAAGACCUGGGCCUGCGUGCGUACGACAGUCUGGUGAUCCAGAACGCAGCCGAUAUUGCUCGGGAAAACGACCGCCUGCGGGGCCACAACAGCGGACCACCGCUGGGGGAAAGACCUGAACCUGUGGGCAAAGAGGAAGAUUCACCCAAGAGGCCUGUGGAGAAGAGCGGGCGGGUGAACGAUACAUCAGGCCGCGGAGGAAGCCGUACGCCCAGACACUUCCGCUCCAGCUCAGUGCCUAUCCCCCUCGCCAUGGACAACUUGGUACAUUCCGGUUUUGGGCCAUCAAUCAAAGCCGCCCUGCAAACAGUGACCCACAGCAGUGAGGAUGGGGGUGGUGGAGGGCUCUCGUCCCCAAGAAAACAGCCUCCACCCAAGCCUAAAAGAGAUCCCAACACACGGCUAAGUGCAUCUUAUGAGGCAGUGAGUGCUGGGCUGAGCAUCGCUCCCAAAGACAGUCCGGUUGAUGGCCAAGGCUCGCCCUCUGGAAGUCCCCCUAAAACCCAGCUCUCGCCUACUGACCCUCUCUCCAAACCUCGUCCUCACAGUGAUGAUUACAGCACUAUGAAGAAGAUCCCCCCUCCCAAACCCAAGCGCAGCCCCAACACUAAGCUGACGGGCUCCUACGAGGAGAUCUCUGCCCCUACCCCCAUGCGUCCCACCGACAUGAAGCUGGCAUGUCUGGCGCGUGGAGGGCAUCUCCUGGGCCUGGUGCAGAGGGCAGCUUCAGAGGACAGCCCACACUCAGCCAUGCUCACCUUGCGGCCUGGCCAGGACGAGGAGGACGUCUACAUAGAAAUGGUGGGCGCCUGGAGGGCUAUGAACCGGGCCGAGUCCCGCAGCCCGGAGCAGGGUGAGGCUGUUUAUGAGGAAAUGAAGUACUUCCCACCUGAGGACGGAGUGGUGGUCCCACAGGCUAAACCUGAGGUCUGUGAGCCUGCUCCUGUUCCUCUUCCCGCACCUCAGAUGCUGGAACCCAAGCGACCGGUGGCACUCUUGGACCACCCUAACAUGCUGGUGGGACGACAGCUAAACAAGGACGGAACAGCGUGCGACAUUCCGGCUCCUUUCCCCAAUCUUUUACCCCAUAGACCCCCUCUGCUGGUCUUCCCUCCAUCCCCAGUGACUUGUUCCCCAGCCUCAGACGAAUCUCCUCUCACCCCUCUGGAGGUUAAGAAGCUCCCUGUCUUCGAGACCAACCUUAACUACUCCAGCCAGGACGGCGGCAGCCCGCUCUCACCCCAGUACACCCGCCAGCGGGCUGACUCCUCCCCCAGCCUGUCAAUUCUUAUGCCGGACAAAUCCACUCCACCCUUGACUCCGCCCCCUCAGCCUCCAGCUCCACCCCCUUCACUCCCGCCUCCUCCGUAUCGACCACCGUCACACUUCCCCUUCCCUCCUGAAGCCAACUUCCUGGCCCUGACUCGGGCCGCCUCGGUGGCCAGCACCGACUCCCCAAAACCCUCCCAUAAAGGGGGUCACGUUCUUGCAGAGACGCCCCCAGCCAGUGCUAAACCUCCUUACUCCCCGGUGAAAUCGUCUCGUCCUGAGCCACGCAGGGCUCACUCCUGCUCCUCCUCGCCGUUGCUCUUCAACCCAGCCAAUGGGAGAGCUCUCACCAGCCCCCUGGACGAGCUCAACACGCUCUUCAGCUCGGGCCGCAGCCUGCUGCGCAAGUCCACCACUGGGAGGAAGAUUAGAGACAGUGGUUUUUCCAACUCCAACAUGAACCUGCCAGGAAGAGAAGAACAGGGCUCCACCUCCUCGUCUCCUCAGCUGCAGGACAAGAACGCCAAUAACCACACCUCUCCUAACUCUCCCAGUCCCGCCCCUGUUGAGAAUGGGAACCAGAUCUCUAACGGCACGUUGGAGGAUGAGGGACACCAUAAGUCAAAUGCAUCCAGUGCCUCCACGCUACACAGACACAUGGACAGCCAUCACACUCAGGUCUCGCAGCGGUUCCGUGUGUGUGGAGAUCAGAGGGCUGCUUUGCAGGAUUUGUUUCGGAGGAGACGGAGUGUGUGUGAUGGUCCGACAGACUGGCAGAACGCCUGGCUCCACACACAGGCCUCACCUACCCUGUUGCUAAAACACAAGAGUAACAUGGCCAGGAAAACCUCGCCCUAGAGUCCCAGCUUUUCUCCGAGUCUGUCUCUACUGCCCCAGCUGGAGGGAUCACUUUCUGAAGUGGCUGGUUAUGGAUUGGACCAUUUUUUUUUUUAUGUAGAUGGUGGUGUGCUGAAUGUGCAUCCUCGUGGAAAGAGAAGGAGACUCCCGGAGCUCUUCGCUGUCUCUCACACUCUCUCUCUCUCUUUCUCAAUCUUUCUCUUGUCUCUGCAAAACCUUCAAGUCUGCACUGUGGAAAUAUGGGGGUUUGGAAGAAACAGAGGAGAAAAAACUCUUCUUUUUCUCCCUUCUCUCUCAUUCUCUCUCACACUCUCUCUCUCUCUCUCUGGCUAGUGGCUACUCGGGACCAAAUCAUGUGGAACCCCAAAGGACUCACUGCCAUGCCUUAGACCAGAGAGAAAAAGAAAGAAAGAAAGAGCACAACCACUGAUCUGGGCGGCUACUCCAAGCCCUAGAAGUCUACAGCUAUUUGUUUCAAGCACUACACUGAUAUGGAAGACCUUAUCUCAACCACUCAAUUUAGGGCUUCUCAACCAUAUCUGCAAUUUGCCCCUCUGUUACGUGGUUUCUGUCUGCAUUCAUACUGCAUUUACUUCAGUGUCGCUUCUCAGAAUCAAACUGGUGCUGCUCACUCCUUAUGUGAUGCUGUUGCCUUAGUUGGUGUCCACCGCUUACCAGAUAUACACACAAAAAAACACACGUGAAAAAAAGUGGCAUUUAUGACCCAGCUGAAGUACAGCAUGACAUAAAGGGGCGGUGGACAUCGUUGAAGUUUACAUGACGCGUCUCGUUGUGUCUGUGCGGACCUCAGUGCUCUUGCUUUGCGGACUGUGUCGUUCCUUCAGGUUCAGCAACGCAGCUACGCCUCACUCUUCUUUUCAGGUGCUUCUGAGAGGUAUGCGCGACGCGACCCUUUCACAGAAGAUGAGUCGUGAGCUCCUGUGAAGGCCAGGGUUCAGGAAAACUCUCAGUGAAAGCCCAGGUGCACUUUCAUCCAACACGAGGAAAAAAACAAAACACCACCACCAGCUUCAGAUGCAAAAGCACAGAACCUACCAACUGACAGAGUAGGAUUAUAGCACACACUGUUUGACCAAGAGGACGAGGAGCACAUAGAAACGCAAAUAGGGUUGCAGUGAUAGCAAAUUUCAAGGUAUUCCAUGGUAUGAAGAUGGAUGGUUAUUGUAUUGUAGACACAGCUGUAAUGUUAGCAUCACAGCUUUAAGCUGACUGAGCCAAACUGCUAGCAUUGUGGCUAUAGUCAAACAGAAAAAUCUAUUAUCGUAAUACUGUGAUAUUUUCUAAAAGAGUUCUUAUACCGUGAAAAUCUCAAAUCAUUGCAACCCUACAAACAUAGCAGAACUAGUGCUGGGAAAUAUACAGGGGUUGGACAAUGAAACUGAAACAUCUGUCAUUUUAUUGUGGAAGGUUUAAUGGCUAAAUUGGCCAGCCUGGUGACCAAUCUUCAUUAAUUGCACAUUGCACCAGUAAGAGCAGAGUGUGAAGGUUCAAUUAGCAGGGUAAGAGCACAGUUUUGCUCAAAAUAUUCCAAUGCACACAACAUUAUGGGUGACAUACCAGAGUUCAAAAGAGGACAAAUUGUUGGUUCACAUCUUGCUGACGCAUCUGUGAGCAAGACAGCAAGUCUUUGUGAUGCAUCAAGAGCCACGGUAUCCAGGGUAAUGUCAGCAUACCACCAAGAAGGAUGAACCACAUCCAACAGGAUUAACUGUGGACGCUGUAAGAGGAAGCUGUCUGAA